AUGAGACGUCUCGUGCUCUUGAUCGUCGCUCUUUUGACGGAAUCGACUUCGGAGCAAAUUUAUUUCGGCGAUACGGCGAUCGGGAGGUACAACUUCCUCGCGACCAUCACAUUCCAGGAAACAGCGAAAGAUGUGCCAUCACCGACAUGCAUUGGGACAAUCGUCACCGAGUCGAAAGUGGUUACUUCCUGCAGGUGCUUCUCGUCCGUGGGGAAUGAUAUGAGGAAGGUCCGGGUCAUCGGCGGCACUGUGAAAAUCUAUUGGGACGACAACAAUCCCGAAUCGAGCAAAUUCAGGCAGAUAAGGACACCGAAAUCUUGGAAGCGCCAUGAUUCCUGCGGCCCGGGGCCGACCCUCGCCAAGGGUAUGUGGGAGAAGGACUACACCCUCAUCACGCUCAAUUUUCAGUUCUUCUUCGGGAAGAAUCUCAACUCGGCCGUCUACCUGUCGGAGAACAAGGAAGAGCUCGUGACGAGGCAGAAGUUCUUCAAGAACAACGACCACCGCUUCUGCAAGCUGUGCUGGGUGAGCGGCUACACGGCCACGGAUUACCGCAACAACCGGUACAAUAUAUUCAGCUCACAGAUGAUUUCCCAAGAGGUUGAGAUCAUAAGCGACGAACUCUGCAUCAGGAUGUACUGUGGCGAGGGGAAGAACUGCAUCGAUAAGCAAGUCUUCAUGCGGGCUGGACUCAUAUGCGCAAGGGCGAGGGAUCCCAAGUUUAUGAUCUGCGACGGCGACAGGGGCACCCCGUUGGUCUGCCAAGGGUACGUCUACGGGUAUUUCGUCGGCACGAACGACUGCGGCAACACGGAAAAGCCUCUCAUCUUUGGAGAACAGUCCGAAUUGGUCAGCUUUGUCAAUUACAAAGUGCUCAAGUCGUCUGGCAUUAAGCUAGACCCGCACCGCUACAUUUUCGCCGUGAUACUCUUAUUUAUUCUUAUCGACUAA